AUGUCCUCCAUCACCCCCGCCGACUUUGCCGCUCUCCACCCCGUCCACCAUCUCAUUCUCGACCAACUCAUCGCGUCCGCCCCUCACUCCGCCCUCCGUCUCUGCCCUGCAAUCUACCAGCGCGCUAUUCCUGUGCUCUAUCGAGAAAUCCAUUCCUCGCCUGCUGUCUUCAGAGGCGUAGAGUUGCAAGAGGGGUAUGAGAGGACCGUGAAGGCUUUGGCGCACACCAAGACUAUCAUAGUCGGCGGCUUCGACAGCAUCGAUACCCUCUAUGCUCUCGCCGGUCCACGUCCGGUGGAAUCUUCCGACUCAUCCUCGACUCCUCCCUCGUCUCCUGUUGCCGCCUGUCCAUGCUACCCUCGCCGGUACUGCGGUCUAUUCCCGAACCUCGACCGCCUCGAGUUCACGUCUCUUGCGUUAGGGUCAGAAUACAUGGCGUAUCUCGACGAACUCGACGAUCCCGACCCACGGGGACAUGACCCACUUUCGUGGCAGCGGCUCGGGUUCCAGCUGCCAAAUGAUGUGAGAGAGAUGAUUUUUUAUCUGGACAACGACAGCGAAAAGCAUUGGUACGAGGUCGACCAGCAUAUCAUGAUCCAACGCCCGCACAAAGUUGUCAUCUUCAUCGGAGGGACGGUCAAGACGGCAGCUCAGGUCGCCAAGUCAGAGGAGACUUUCGCGAGACUAGGUGAAGAGCUGCCUGUGAUGUGGUACAACGCCGAACGUCUGACGGUCUUCGUCGAUACCAAUGAAGGUUUGGACCCGAGCGAUCAUGAACAAGUGCGACGUCACGCAAUCCCCAUGGGUAAGGCGCUGUCGACAUUCGCUCAUUUGUUCGCAAGGAUCGUUGUUUUGAGGCAAAAGAAGUGGGCGUUGAGAGACGAAGGAGAUGUGAAAAGGAAGUUGGUCGAUCAUGUCGAGAUCCACAUCCCCCUUGUUGCAAGAGUGCUAGAAGAAAUGAGUGAAGAAGGGCGAAAGCAGGUGGAUCAGCUCGUGAGGAAUGGGAGAUUGGCGGUGGGAGAGUUUGAAAAGUCGAUGGUGAAUGGUGUGGAUUUGAUGGAAAGAUGA